AUUUCGGAAGUGUUUCUCUGUGAUAAUAAAUAGGGACGUCUCUGCGCAGCCUAUCGGAUUCCGGGAUGCAAUACGCAUCCAAAUGAAAAGAACGCCAGUCCUUUCGCUAAUCCUUGACUAUCCUUUUUAUCUCGGGACUCAUAUCAGUCGGAUCACUAUGGGACAGCGAAGCGGUGGGACAACGCCAUGCGGAUGAUAUUCCUGUAAAUGAGAGGAAAAAGCAAGUCUGUUUGACUAAAACUGGGCGCAUGUAGGCAAGCUGCGUAUGCGUAAAACUGGGCCAAAAUGUUCCUCGUCCUGCUCAUGGGGCUCUACGUGGCCACAGGUGAACUUCUCUCCCCAGUGAGCUCGUGCCCGUCGCAGUGCAGCUGUUUUUACCACAACCUGAGUGAUGGAUCAAAGGCCAGGAGCGUGAUUUGCAAUGAUCCCGAGAUAUCUCUUGUGCCUGUCGGGUUUCCUGUUGACACGUCCAAGCUGCGGAUUGAGAAGACAGCCAUACAGCGGAUACCAAGCGAAGCCCUCAACUACCUCUCCAGUUUGGAAUUCUUGUGGAUGUCUUUCAACACGCUGUCCGCUUUGAGCCCGGACAGUUUCCGAGGACUGAUUAACUUAGAAGAACUUCGUCUGGACGGGAAUGCCCUCACCGCCUUUCCCUGGGAAUGUCUCAUGGAUAUGCCCAGUCUCAGACUUCUCGAUUUGCACAACAACCAGCUCACCUCGCUGCCAGCGGAGGCCAACAUUUACAUCAGGAACCUCACCUACCUGGAUCUGUCCAGCAACAGCCUGCUGACCCUGCCGGCAGAGGUGCUGUCCACCUGGCUGGCGGCGAAACCAAUGCAAGGGCCAGAGAGCUCCAAAAUGAUACUUGGUCUCCAUGACAACCCCUGGGUGUGUGACUGUCGGCUCUAUGACCUGAUCCAGUUCCAGAAGUCUCCGACUCUUUCAGUGGCAUUCAUUGACACAAGGCUCCGGUGUUCAGCUCCGGAGAGUGUGUCAGGCGUCUUGUUCAGUGAUGCAGAGCUGCGCCGCUGUCAGCUCCCACGCAUCCACACAGCUGUGGCACGAGUCCGGAGCGCUGUUGGUAACAAUGUGCUGCUCCGCUGUGGGACCAUUGGAGUCCCAAUCCCAGACUUGACAUGGCGCAAGGCGGAUGGGCGACUCUUUAAUGGGACAGUCCAGCAGGAAACCUCAAAAGAAGGAAUUACCUGGUCCAUCCUCAGUGUCCCAGCUGUGUCCUAUCGGGAUUCAGGGAAAUACAUCUGCAAGGCCACUAACUAUGCGGGGAACGCUGAAGCUGUCAUUUCUCUUGUUGUCUCUAACUCUCCAAAACCAGAAGGGAACCAAACCAGCAAUGACAAGAAAGCCAAAGUCAAGAAACCCAACCCAAUGGGGAAAGCUGCCUACCAGGAGAAACUGGUGGCCAGAUAUGUGGUUCCAACUUCCACCCCUUCAUCUCUGCCCGCCCUAGAGCCAGGCCUACCUCCUGGUCUUGGUCCUGAUCCUGGACUAGCCAGUUACAGUCUGGCUGACAGAGCCACCCCUGGGCCUGCCACCUCCUCCAAUGCAGAUGCACUGUUGGAUCUGGAGAAGACUAAUCUUAGCAACCUGGCGGCCAAUACGUCAUCGCUGCAGCAGGACCCGGACAGGGUGGUCCGCUCUGUUAAGGUGGUGGGGGACACAGACAAUACAAUUUAUUUAAACUGGAGAGCCCCUAAGGCCAAGAACACAACCGCAUUUAGUGUGCUGUAUGCUGUUUUUGGAGAGAGGGACAUGAGGAAGAUCAAUGUUGGGGCGGGGCAGAACCGUGUAUCCAUUGAUGGGCUGGUGCCCAGGACCAAGUACAUUGCCUGUGUGUGUGUGAGGGGCCUGAUCCCCAAGAAGGAGCAGUGUGUCAUAUUUUCCACUGAUGAAGCAGCCAGUGCCACUGGGACCCAGAGGUUGAUUAAUGUGAUUGUGAUCACAGUGGCCUGUAUCAUAGCGGUCCCGCUCACUGUCAUCGUGUGCUGUGGGGCUCUGAAGAGACGCAUUCAGAAGUACUGGGGAAAGAAAUCCAAGGACAUCCAAGAUUCAUAUGUGACCUUUGAAACACUGUCGCCUGGCACGAAGGCCAAAGGGCUCGAGGGCGAGUAUUUGAACAGACUGAACCCAGAGGAAUCCAACAGGCUGCUGUCCGCCCGCUCCAGCCUGGACUCUGAGGCCACAGCUAAGAUAGAGGGACAGCCUAACGAGUACUUCUGCUGACGUCAUGCUCCAGCUCCGGCUUCUGCUCCACGCCAUCUUCCUCGCUCUCACCCACAUUCACAUCCACAUCCACAUUCACGUCCCAGUCCGACCCCUAAUACCCACUCACAUCCUCAUCCCCAUCCCCACCCCCAACCCCAUCCCCACCCCCAACCCCACCCCCACCCCCACCCCCAUCCCCAUCCCCAUCUCCAUCCACAUCCCUAUCCUCAUCACUGCCCGUACUCUCACCCUCAGCAACAUCCUGACGUCAGUCCCCCUCCCACGCGCUCCCAUACGCCCGCACCAUGGGAUUCCCCCCCACCUGUCCCUCCUCGCUGGAUCAUGACAUCAACUCCACCGCCACAAAAGUCCAGUUUCUAUCAAAGGACUUUUGCACGCUGCACUAUAAUGGAAAUAUCCGUUUAGAGGAAUAUUUAACAUUUUAAUUCCCAGAUAUUUGUAGAAUAUCUCAUGUUUCUUAACAGAUAGAGUGAAACUCACUUCACUGUCGUACAUGUAUCCAUGCAUCAAUAGUAAGACAACAUUUAAACACUCAUUUAAAAAUAUUUUUAUCACUAAGUCUGGAAGAGAUAAAAUGUCAAAUGCAGAAAGAGCACAACAAUUAUUGUAAACUAUAUGUAAUCUCACUUGCAUGUCCCAGCAAAGAAACCUCUGCAACGUGAUCAGAUUCAAAGGAAACUCAAUGGGCAAUACUCCAUUGUUUCUAUCCUAUAUGCAUAUGUAUGAUUUGUAUAUAUACUUUAUGGAUGAUGUACACUUUCAUAUACAGUUAAGUCUGUGCCUCUGUAUAUAUCUGUCAUAUGUUCUCAGAGAAGAUAUACACAUAGGCAUGGUUCAACAUUCUGGUGUAUGGAGAAAAGCUGGAGCUGGAGAGAAGUACAGAAAGGACUGAACUAUGACACAAUGUAAAUAGAGUGGAAAUGAUGCAAAAUGAAAUGUUGACGAUUUCUAUUCCAAGCAUUGAGACACAUACUGAAAUAUCUUUAUGUACCUGUUUCGUACCACAUAGAGGCAUCAGUUCCCCAUUAAAUGUAGAUCUAUUUAUUCCAAUAUUAUCUGAAAUAGUUGAAUAAACUUUUAUAUAUACAUAUCCA